AUGGAUCCCGACCAAGCUGUAACAGAUGAUGUAGAGAGUAAUACGCCGGCUCUCGCGCAAGGGACCGUACCUGAGGAAAGUAGACCUGAAACACAUAGUCAGGGUGAUGGGGCUCGAGAAGCCUUCCUUUAUAUGAUGAAUAAUUGGUAUACAAAAUUUGUUCGAGCAAAUCCGAAUGUUCAACCUCCUCCACCCCCUCCUAUUCCCCAACCGGUUCCCGUAGCUCCACAAGGUGUUGAUUUGGUAAGAUUGAGUAAACCUCCAGUUGAUAAAAUCCGAAAGCAAGGGGCUGAAGAUUUCAGGGCUAAUAUAGAUGAUGAUCCCGAGAAGGCAGAGUUUUGGCUUGAAAAUUCUAUCUGGGUAUUUGAUGAGUUAUCAUGUACUCCCAAAGAGUGUUUGAAAUGUGCUAUAUCUUUACUGAAGGAUUCAGCAUAUCGUUGGUGGAAAACACUAGUAUCUGUGGUUCCGAAAGAAAGAGUUACAUGGGAUUUCUUCCAAGAAGAAUUCAGAAAGAAGUACAUAAGCCAACGGUUUAUUGAUAAAAAAUGCAAAAAGUUUCUCGAAUUGAAGCAUGGCCGAAUGUCUAUGGCAGAAUAUGAAAGAGAGCUUGUUAGACUCAGUAAAUAUGCUCAAGAGUGUGUGUCCACAGAGGCUAUCAUGUGUAAAAGAUUUGAAGAUGGGUUAAACGAAUAUAUCAUAUUGUUCGUUGGGAUUUUAGAACUGAAAAAAUUUGUGGUACUGUUUAAUCGAGCUUGCAAGGCCGAAAAACUGAAUAAAGAAAAGAGAAAAGCUGAGAUUGAGGCUCGAAAUGUAAGAAAAAGGCCAAUGAGUAAUACAUUUCAAUCCCAAUUAAAGGAGUUUAAAGAGACGAAUCCACGAUUAACUGUUUUAGCUGGGUAUUCACAUAGAGACCGUGGGAAGUCAUAUUCAGGUGCUAAAGCUAAAGCUACUUCAAAGGCAAGUGUGGGCAAUAUAGGGCAUAACAGACCUGAGUGUCAACAGUGUGGUAGGCGACAUUGA